AUGAAUUUAUCAUUAAAUUUAAUCAUGUGAUAUUGGACUUUGCUAUGGUACAUAGAGCUUUUGUGCGUGAUUGUGGCAGGCUGGACAAUUUUCUGCUGGCUGUGUACAGGCUACUAUUAUCUUAGAACUAUCCUUUCAACCAAUUCCUUAAAGAAAUAUGGGAAAGGCUCAUGGGCUGUCGUGACUGGGUGUACUGAAGGCAUUGGCUUAGGUUUUGCUCGGGUUUUAGCAAAAUACAACUUUAAUAUCGUUUUAAUAUCCCGAAACCCUCAGAAAUUAGAAAAAGUGAGAGAAGAAAUCACACGCUUGCACGGGGUCGAAGCUAAAGUCGUUGUUUGUGAUUUCUCAGAAUGCACAAAGGAGCCUCUGGAAUUUUUCCAAAAAAUUGAUGAGGAAAUAAGAGAUUUAGAUGUAAGCAUCCUGAUCAACAAUGUCGGGUAUGCUGGAACAGGCAGAUUCCACACUCAUCAUAUACAUGACGAGCUUCUUCAGAUGCUUUCAGUCAAUUUAUGGCCUUGUGUAUAUUUAACCAAAAUGUUCUUAACUCUCCCCAUCGUCUCUAAGUGAAGAAAGCCUUCCAAUUUUCGAGAAGUGGAAAAUUUUUUAAAAACAAAUUUUCUAUAAAAUUUAAAUAUAUAGUCAGUGUCACUAACUAUAGUUUUUUUUUAAAAUAAAAAUUAACCCCCCGUCCGUGAGUGAACAAAAUUUUUUUGUUCACUCAUGGACGGGGGGAAUAAGAAGAAUGAUGAAUAGGAGUCUUCCUAGCGGGAUCAUUAAUUUAAGCUCGACAGCCACUCUAAGACCUUUGCCUGGUUUUGCUAUUUAUGGAGCUACAAGAGGGUUUACGAAUACUUUCACAUUGUGCACGAGAGAAGAAGUUAGAUAUACAGUGAGACAUGAAAAACUGAACGAAAUUGAUAUGAUGAGCCUGCAACCUGCCUGGGUUUAUAGUAAUUUGACAAAAGAGCAAGAUCAUAACUUUUCAUUUAUCACUCCUGAGCAAUGUGCUGAAAAUGCAUUAAGCGCUUUAGGCAAAGUUCCUUAUACAAACGGAAAUUGGAAGCAUAUUAUAGUUGCAAUAUUGUUUAAAAAUUCGCCAAGCUUCAUGAUAAACGGUCAGUCGCUGAAGAAUGCAAAUUAUACUCAGGAGAGGAGGAAAACUUAA